AUGGCCUAUAGGGUCCUGGGCCGCGCGGGGCCACCUCAGCCGCGGAGGGCGCGCAGGCUACUCUUCGCCUUCACGCUCUCGCUCUCCUGCACUUACCUGUGUUACAGCUUCCUGUGCUGCUGCGACGACCUGGGUCGGAGCCGCCUCCUCGGCGCGCCUCGCUGCCUCCGCGGCCCCAGCGCGGGCGGCCAGAAACUUCUCCAGAAGUCCCGCCCCUGUGAUCCCUCCGGGCCGACGCCCAGCGAGCCCAGCGCUCCCAGCGCGCCUGCCGCCGCCGUGCCCGCCCCUCGCCUCUCCGGUUCCAACCACUCCGGCUCACCCAAGCUGGGUACCAAGCGGUUGCCCCAAGCCCUCAUUGUGGGCGUGAAGAAGGGGGGCACCCGGGCCGUGCUGGAGUUUAUCCGAGUGCACCCGGACGUGAGGGCCUUGGGCACGGAACCCCACUUCUUUGACAGGAACUACGGCCGCGGGCUGGAUUGGUACAGGAGCCUGAUGCCCAGGACCCUCGAGAGCCAGAUCACGCUGGAGAAGACGCCCAGCUACUUCGUCACUCAAGAGGCUCCUCGACGCAUCUUCAACAUGUCCCGAGACACCAAGCUGAUCGUGGUUGUGCGGAACCCUGUGACCCGUGCCAUCUCUGAUUACACGCAGACACUCUCCAAGAAGCCCGACAUCCCGACCUUUGAGGGCCUCUCCUUCCGCAACCGCACCCUGGGCCUGGUGGACGUGUCGUGGAACGCCAUCCGCAUCGGCAUGUACGUGCUGCACCUGGAGAGCUGGCUGCAGUACUUCCCGCUAGCUCAGAUUCACUUCGUCAGUGGCGAGCGACUCAUCACUGACCCGGCCGGCGAGAUGGGGCGAGUCCAGGAUUUCCUGGGCAUUAAGAGAUUCAUCACGGACAAGCACUUCUAUUUCAACAAGACCAAAGGAUUCCCUUGCUUGAAAAAAACAGAAUCGAGCCUCCUGCCUCGAUGCCUGGGCAAAUCAAAAGGGAGAACUCAUGUACAGAUUGAUCCUGAAGUGAUAGACCAGCUCCGGGAAUUUUAUAGACCGUAUAAUAUCAAAUUUUAUGAAACCGUUGGGCAGGACUUCAGGUGGGAAUAAGCCCACGAAAGGAAAGGGCUCUCAAGGGCUCUUCUGCUCAUCUCUUCCGUGAGAUUUGCUCCCAGACCCUCUGAUCUCCCUCCAACAAACCUUGGCUCCAGCCCCCUUUCCCAACUUGAGUUGCAUCAUCUUGGAACCAGGAAGCCCAGCUAAAGCCAAGAGACCAGAGAGUCCCUGCCACUAGUUUUCAUCAGUCUGUUCAAGCAAAGUUGAUCUGCUCCUGGCACGUCCAGUAAAUUCCAGAAUCAUUCUCCUUUCUGCCCAUAAGGGGCCUUGGAGAAUUGCUUUAAGAAGAGUGAAUGUUCCAAUGAUGAUAGAUAUUAUAAGCGAUGAUGGUUCUGUUGCUAUGAACACAGCAGUCGGUCCCUGUCAUUGUCCACCCAGGAGUGGCCUUGUUAAUUCCAAGUGGCAUGUAUCUUCCCUCUGAGCUUCAUUUCUUCAAGAUGCUCUGGGUGGUGGGAUGGGAGACCAUCCUCAGCCCUCCUCAGACCUUAUCAAUUCAUUGAGAGAUUGCAAAGCUGAAAGCACCUCCGGCCACUCCUGGGAGACAGACCCUUUGGUGAUGAAAUAAACCAGUGACUUCAGAGCCUAUGGUCUCAACUGUGCUUGAAAAACACUGUCUCUGAAAACAACUUUGUGAUUCCCCCUGCUCCCUGUGGACAAAAGCACAUAAUUCUGCUGUUACGGGUACUUUGCUCAUACGAGCUUUCAUGUUCAGCAUGCAAUGGAAUCAUGCUUGUCCAUGUGAAAUAAAUAUGGCUCUCUCGUGUCCUUAA